CCGAGGAGGUGGCAGCCCUGUGUGACAUUUAAGUUUAUCUGUGGUUAGGAUCAACUUCAAGUGUCGGUGAUUUAGAGAGAACGGGUUGUAUUUUUAAAAAUAAAAACAUAUUUACCAUGGCACCGUUCAAAAUCGUUAUGGUCCGUCAUGGAGAAUCCGAGUGGAACGAAAAGAAUCUCUUUUGCGGCUGGUUUGACGCCAAUUUAAGUGAAAAAGGAAAAAAAGAAGCUGAAAGUGCGGGAAAGGCCUUAAAAGACAGCGGAUAUAAGUUCGAUGUCGCUUACACCUCCGUUUUGACCCGAGCACAAAAUACUCUUCAAGCAGUAUUGAACGAAAUCGGUCAAACUGAUCUUCCUGUUGUCAAAACUUGGCGUUUAAAUGAACGUCACUACGGAGGCUUGACGGGGUUGAAUAAGGCCGAGACUGCCGCAAAAUACGGAGAAGAGCAGGUUGCUAUUUGGCGUAGAAGCUUCGAUAUUCCUCCACCACCAAUGGAACCUGAUCAUCCUUACUACGAUAUUAUCGUUAAAGAUCCCAGGUACGCUGAGGGACCACCACAGGAUCAGUUCCCCAAAUUUGAAAGUCUCAAGUUAACUAUUGAGCGUACUUUACCAUUCUGGAACGAAACUAUUGUACCUCAAAUAAAAAGUGGGAAGAGUAUUCUUAUUGCCGCUCAUGGAAACAGUUUACGAGGAAUUGUAAAACAUUUAGAUCAGUUAUCUGAUGAGCAGAUCAUGAAACUGAAUCUACCCACUGGCAUUCCAUUUGUAUACACUUUGGAUGAGAAUCUGCAUCCAAUUAAGAGUUUGGAAUUUUUGGGAGACCCGGAGACGGUGAAGAAGGCUGUGGAAGCUGUGGCUGCCCAGGGAAAAGCCAAAUAAUUUUGUAUAAACUAAUUUUUAUUACAGCUGUUACGAUGAAAUCUUAGCAAUGUUGUGAAUAUUGAUAAGUGACUAAAUGUUAUGUAUGUUUACUUUUAUUUAAAAUAUUUAUUGUCAUUAUUCUGAAUUGAGAAAAACACUUAUAUGUACAGUAACUGAAAAUAUACACCUAAGGAUUUAA